AUGAAAGGUAAAAAAGACGAAUGGAAACGUUUCAGAGCUUUCACUAUUUCUCAUUCAAAUCACAUAAGUCAACCAGUCCCAUCAGAUUUUAUUGAAAAAGAACCUCUGUCUUCUGUUUCUUCAACUAAUAAAUACACACAACAAUGCCCAAAUACUGAUCCUUGUGGAAGUGGUAGACCAAUCCAAACAUCCUCUUCUAUUCAUUUAACAGGAAGUUCUUUAAAUAUGCAUCUUACACCUGGAGGUGGUGGACAUACAAGGAGAGAAUCAUUUUUGUAUAAAACUGAUCCUCCUGAAGCAUUAACAUGUCGACCUGUCUCCAGAGCAUCAUCAGUUACCUCGACAGAGCAUCCUCACCCUGCUCCUUUACAUGGUGAUGAUUUGAUUGUUACACCGUUUGCACAAUUGUUGGCAUCUCUUCGAAAUGUUCGCACAAAUUUAAUGUCCAUUACAAAUUUACCACCAAAUAAAAUAGGUUCUGAAGACAAAUAUCGCAGUAUCAAAAAAGCGGCACCAUUACAUAAUAUACAACUACCAGAUAAUGUAAUGGCAUGUGCUUUAGAAACUUUAGAAGAAUUAGAUUGGUGUUUGGAGCAAUUAGAGACUAUCCAAACUCAUCGUUCUGUUUCAGAAAUGGCUUCUAGCAAGUUCCGGAAAAUGCUCAACAAAGAAUUGAGUCAUUUUGCUGAAUCUUCUAAAUCUGGAACUCAAAUUUCAAAGUUCCUUAUUAAUACAUAUAUGGAUAAUAAUGAAGAAGAAUCUGUUUCUCCAAAUCAACCAGACCAACCAAAAGAGAUUAAUGCCGAAGAGGUUUCUUCAGUCGCAAGUACUUCUCAAUCAAGUCCUCAUUUAUCAUUGUUUGGUAAAGCUAAAACUGCUGCAAUGUCAAAGAUUAGUGGAGUGCGUAAACUCAAAAACCUUCACUCUGGGCAGGUACCAGAGUAUGGUGUUGAUUGCGCAAAAGAAAUUGUAGUAUAUAUGCAAAUGCUUGACAAAUGGGGACCUAAUAUUUUUAAAAUUCAUGAAUUAUCAAAAGGUCAUUCAUUAACAUCAACAACAUAUACAAUAAUGAAACAACGUGGUUUAAUAUCAACAUUUCAUAUUAAUUCACACCAAUUGAUAACAUAUUUAAUUCAUUUGGAACAUCAUUAUAAAGAAAAUGCUUAUCAUAAUCAAAUUCAUGCUGCUGAUGUGACACAAUCUAUUAAUGUAUUUUUAAAUAGUCCAUCAUUAAAAGGAGUUUUCUCAGAUCUAGAAAUAUUAUCAGGAAUUUUUGCAGCUGCAGUACAUGAUGUUGAUCAUCCUGGCUUUACAAACCAAUAUUUAAUAAAUUCAAAUAAUGAACUAGCUAUUAUGUAUAAUGAUGAAUCUGUUCUGGAACAACAUCAUUUAGCAGUUGCUUUUAAACUUCUACAAGAUUCAAGUUGUGAUUUUUUGACAUGUUUAAAUAAAAAACAAAGGCAAAGUUUUAGAAAGACAGUUAUUGAUAUGGUACUUGCUACUGAUAUGUCAAAACAUAUGAGUUUAUUAGCUGAUCUAAAAACAAUGGUUGAGGCAAAAAAAGUUGCAGGAACUUCAAUAGUAAGACCAGAAAAAUAUAACGAACGUGUUAUAUUAUUACAAUCUAUGAUUCAUUUGGCUGAUUUAUCUAAUCCUACUAAACCAAUAGAAUUAUAUAGAUGUUGGAAUCAAAGAAUUUUAGAAGAAUAUUGGAGACAAGGUGAUAAAGAAAAAGAUCUUGGUUUAGAAGUUAGUCCAAUGUGUGAUCGUGGUACUGUUACAAUAGAAAAAUCACAGAUUGGUUUUAUAGAUUAUAUUGUUCAUCCAUUAUUUGAAACUUGGGCUGAAUUAGUUCAACCUGAUGCUCAAGAUAUUUUAGAUCAAUUGGAAGAAAAUCGUCAAUGGUAUUUAUCACGUAUUCCUCCAGAUGAGGCAGAAGAAGAUAAUAUGUCAGAAGAAACAAAUGAACGUAUUACUUCUCAGGCAUCAUUAAAAGUUUUAGAUGAAUGUGAGGAAACAAAUAAUGUUACAGAAAAUACCGGUAAUAAUGGGGAAGCAUAA